UUUCAGAGCUGUUAUUUGUUUAGAAUGUGGAAAGUCUUUUUGUUUUCAAAAUUAUUUGCAAAAACAUAUUGUUAGAGUACAUGGACCAAAGCGGUUACCUCAUUUUAAGUGUCGACAAUGUCCUGAACGUUUUGAUAGUGACAUAAUGUUACAUAUUCAUAUGCAAUCUCAUCCUAAGAGUGAGAAGAUUAAAGAAUCUAAACGUAUUUGCUGUCCCCGUGAACAAUGUACUGCAUCUUUUUACAAUAGAGUAGCUCUUCGAUAUCAUAUUGCGGAAAAACACGAUAAUAUAUACCGAUAUGAAUGUGAAGUAUGCCAAAAAAAAUUUGUGCGUAAAAGUCACUAUAAAUUACAUUCUGCUAUACAUUUAAAAACACAUUUUACUUGCAAUAUGUGUUGUAAACAAUUUCGUAAAAAAAGCCGCUUAGCUACACACUGGAAAAAGGUACACCAACAAGAAACUUUUGAUUUUGGGAUGUUGUUCAGUGUUGAACCUUUUAAAAAUUAAUCUAAAUGUUUUCAGCUUUGAGUUUAGCUGAAAAGAUAAAAAUUAAUGAAAUAAUGAAGUUCCUAUUAAUUAAAUUUAUUGUUAUUUUAAUUGAAUUGAAUUUAUUAAAUAUAAUAAUAAUAAUUAUUACUA